CAAUCAGUCAGUAGCGUGCAGAGUGUGUGUGAUGGUGGCAGCAAAUUCAGAGCUCAGUCUCUCGCGUCCUCAUCGCCAGUUUCGGUUGAAUCCGUCAAAGUUCGUUCCGAAGGCACAAAAAAGGAAUAAAAAGUUGCUCAUCGUGUGUGUCACAGUUCUGUACUUGAACGGAGUGAAAAAAAAAAAACUUUUUUCCUCUGGUUUUUGAAAGUUACGUGUGUGGAAGUGAGCAAAAAAAAGAGGUGUUGAUUGAUGGUGAAGAAAGAAGUUUUUCGAUUGUGAAUUUGAUCCCGAACGAGUUUUGCCAGACCUGUCACGGGAAAGGAGCAGUAGCAGUUUCUGGAGAGAGAAGGUGGUCCUGGUGGAAGUGCGAUGGCCCUGGUGACCAUCCAAAGAUCGCCAAGCCUCGCUGGAUCCUCCCACAGUUCCAACUCGGACACAAGUUGUGCGGAAGACGAAGAAAAUGCUAAGGAGAACAAAAGUUUGAAUGAAUGCUUUCCUGCCGGAAACGACCCUGCUGCCCAGAUGCUAGGUCCAAACGAGCGUCUUCGCGCCACCGGCGAGGACACCCCUGCCAGCGAGCAGCAUCAGCAGCGACAACUUCCCGUAUCAAAUACCACGACGGCUACUCCUCCCACGGCGGUCGAAAGCGCCGCUCCAACCGUGGCCGCCCAGCAACAGCUCGAUCCUGCCAGCAGCCCUCAUCGUCAUCCCCCGCCGCGGUCCCGUUCCGACAGUGCGGACGAACGGGAAUCGGUCGCCUCGACGGGUAGCACCGCAUCUUCCGCUUCGUCCGCCGGCAGUGACAUCCAGCAGCACCUGCAGUCAAUGUUCUACCUACUCCGGCCGGAGGAAACACUCAAAAUGGCCGUCAAACUCGAAUCGUUACGCGCUGGUCGCACCCGGUAUCUGGUGGUCGUUUCCCGGCCCCGGACCAAACGAAUCCUCCGGCAGCCACAGCAACUCCUGCAGCAACAACUCCUGCAGCAAUCGCUGCUGUCCUUUAACUGUUCAACGGCGACGACGACUAUGACGACUCCUUCGGCCAAUUCGUCCUCGUCGGUUUCGCCGAUCCCGGUUAGCAAACAAAUUACUUCCGCCUCUCUGUACAAGGCCGCUUCGCCUUCCACGACCGUAUGCAGCAGUGUCCUCGUUGGCGUCGGUAUCGCCGCCGGCGACGAAACCUUUGUGUCCAGCUUAGAUAACUGCGUCCUUAGUGCUUCUUUGCCGAAGAAUGCUUCAGCUGCUGCUGCUGUUGCUUCAGUGAAUAACAAUAAGAGUGUCGAUAAAUGUGAUAGUGAUAGACCUAGUAGUAAUUGUGGAAAUAGUAAUGUUAAUCCUAGCGGUAGUGUAGUUAGUGUCGGCAGACCGGGAUCCGGUGCAAGCAGUCGGAGUGAGGGUAGUAGUGUGAAAGUAUGCAGUACCGGUCCCAGUGGGUUUAUCAAUGUGGCCACCACGACAAGUGGCGUUGGCAUGUGCAAAUUGUUGGGGGGAAGUUCGGUGGGUGGAAGUGGCAGCAGUGGGUCCAGCAGUAGCACUACUGGCACUAGCAGUCCUCGUAGUAGCGUUGGUGGCCAUCAUCAUCAGCAGCAUCACCAUGGCGGUUGCAACGAAGUCGAAGAGUCCUGUCUGCUGGGAAUCGACUGCAAUGAGAGAACCACUGUGGGAUUGGUGUUGCGGGUAUUGGCUGACACUACGAUCCGACUGGACGGCGAUGGUGGAUUCAGUGUCAGCUCGUGUGGACAGCAGCACAUCUUCAAGCCAGUUUCCGUGCAAGCGAUGUGGUCCGCCCUGCAAACCCUGCACAAAGUGUCAUCGAAGGCACGGGAGCACAACUUCUUUGCCGGGGGCUCAUCGCACGAAUGGGUGUCCUACUACGAGAGCCACAUCGACUCCGACCGGUCCUGCCUGAACGAGUGGCACGCGAUGGACUCGAUCGAGAGCCGGCGCCCUCCGUCGCCGGAUUCCAUUCGGAACAAACCCACGGAGCGCGAGGAAACGGAACGUGUCAUACGCACAAAGCUGAAAGGAAUCAUGAUGACGGUCGACUUGGACGUGGUCACGUCCAAGUUCAUCCGUGGCCGGCUGGAGGAGCAGCUGGACAUGGACCUCGGCGAGUACAAAUCGUUCAUUGACGAGGAGAUGCUGGUCAUUCUCGGCCAGAUGGACGCCCCGACGGAGAUCUUCGACCACGUGUACCUGGGAUCGGAGUGGAACGCCAGCAAUCUGGAAGAGCUGCAACGAAAUGGCGUUCGGCACAUUCUGAACGUGACGCGCGAGAUCGACAACUUCUUCCCGGGCAUGUUUGACUACCUGAAUGUGCGGGUGUACGACGACGAAAAAACGGAUCUGCUCAAGCAUUGGGACAACACGUUCAAGUACAUCUCCCGUGCCAAAAUGGAAGGCUCGAAGGUGCUGGUGCACUGCAAGAUGGGAAUCUCCCGCUCGGCUUCGGUGGUCAUAGCGUACGCCAUGAAGGCCAACAACUGGGACUUCAACAAGGCGCUGAGACACGUGAAGGAAAAGCGGAACUGUAUCAAACCGAACAAGAACUUUAUCAUGCAGCUGGAGACGUAUCAAGGGAUGCUGGAUGCGAUGAAGAAUCGAGAGAAACUGCAGCGGAGUAAAAGUGAAACGAAUCUGAAGAGUGGCGCCAAGGAGGGACGGACACUGCCGGGCAGUGAGCCAACUCCGCUGAUUCAAGCCCUGAAUAGGGGAAGUGCGACGAACACGUUGAACAAAAGUGGCAGAUUUCUGAGGAGGUUGGGUAAGCGACCAAAGAGUUGGUCCCCGGACUCGGAGAAGGCCGCGUUGUUGUUGGAAACCAGUCGGCAGCAGUCCCACUCAUUGGAGCAUCUCAUGGCACCGACGAAUGAGGCCAAAACCAUUCGGAUACCGUGUCGAAACGGGCAGAAUUACAGCGUGUCGCAGAACCAGAUCGUGCAUUUGCAGGAGGGUUUGCAACAGGAAGAUGAACAGGAAGAUCAAGAACCGGAGCAAGGGGAGGAUCAGGACAAGACAACAGUAGUAGUGCCAUCAGCGUUAUCAGCUUCCUCGGUGCGAUCCAUCGUCAGUGAGCUGGAAUCGUCGACCAAAGCCAAAGAAACCAGCAGCAAUCACAAAAGGAAAGGUUCGUCCUCGUCGGUGGCAUCUGCAACGGGAGGUCUGAGCUUAGCGCCGUCGAUCGGUACGGAUGAAGACGUCCGAGAUCACCAGUGGGAUCCGGGGGAAAAGAGUUCACUGACGACAGUAGUGACCAUUGCUCAAAAUUGUGAUACUAGUUCCGUAGUUGAACCGGUGGUCUGCUGGACCAGUCAGAGUCAAAUCAUCCAGCAGGUUCCCCCGGUCUUACCGUUGUUGCAGCAACAGCCUCAGCAGCCAGUGCAACACGUGUCCCGUCAGAGUUCCUGGUCCAGUGUGGAUUCCGCCGUAGUAGCGGAUAUGAUCCGUGGAACCCUAUCAUCUGCUGCUUCGCGCAAUUCCAGCUGGUGUUCGGCUGACAGUCAGAACCCGAUCCUAGGGGGACAGCAGGGAACUCGAGUGGCGCCGGCGCCUCCUUCCCGGAACAGCAGCUGGGGUUCGUACGAUGCUCCGAGCAAUGCCAGCAGCAUACAAACGGUGGUCGAAGUUUCUGUGACUCCCAACAGCUCGGCGGAGGAAGACAUCGGUCAGAGUGGAAUCUUUCCGUACGACAAGGACGAAAUCCCGUGGCAUCCCGGGACGGUCAAGCGGACGAAGCAGAAGAUCGAAGAACGAUCGACUUCGUCGAUAAAGCGGAUCUGUAGCGAGAAGUUUGGACACAAACAUGCAAAGGGCAUCGACGACGACAGCCGGGGGAAAGGAUCCCAGCAGCGAUCGAACAGCGAAGAAGCACUGCCCUUGAAUCGGUCAACGGCGACAAUGAUUUCGAAUACGUACACACGGUUGUCCGCUUCGGCUCCGGAUUCGUACUGUUUGUGUCCCUUUGCGAGGAAAAAGUCCGACGAGGAGUCACAACAACCGACCGGGAAGGGACACCAUCGGAGGUUUAGCUUCCGGAAGAACGUUCCGGAUGAGAAAAAGACUGCCACCGCCAAUGACGAAAACACAGCCAUCAGCGUCAGCGGAAUCGUGAAGAACCUCAAGAUGAGCUUCGAGGCCAAAGUGGGCGAUCGAAGCAAAAAGGAAUCGAAAAAGGUUCGCUCUCUGCCAUCGUCUCCGGUUGCCAUACACACCGAGCUGAGCAAGCACGGGCAAGCUCCCGGGAAGCAGAACCAGCCGGAAGACAUAACCGUCCGGGAUCUGGUCGACCGGUACGAAGCUCCUCGAUUACGAGCCUCGUUCAACACGCACCAUCGGCACAACAGUAGUAGUGGUUCCACUACCACCACCAGCUCCUCCGGUAGCAACGAGCAGGUAGUGCUCCGUCAGCGACCCCGGUCCGUUUUCGAACCGCUCAAACACAAGCAACUCCCGAACCGACCGAUGACGAUCACCAACUCGAUUAAUCUGAUACGGUCGGCACAGGAGGACUUUAGUCGGCCGCCGCCCUUCGGAGGCGGAAUCCCCUUCGUCCGGGGCAUCAUCGUUCCGCCGAUGAACACGUCCUCGGCCAACAGUGGCAACCACCCGGGGCCGGGAACGGGCACCGGUGGUACCGGCAAGAAGGUAAUCCAGCACCACGGCAAGACGCACCCGCUGGCCAAGAUCAACCUGACCAAACAUCGGAUCAACGCGACCUCCACGACGGCAGCUACGGCGUACAACACGAUGUGAAAUAUGACCGCGCGGGAAGAAGGGGCUCUAGAGUGUGGUCCCGAGUGCUAUAGGCUGUUUUUCCUUCUCUGUUUUUUAGAUUGUGAAACACCGACAAAAGCGAAUGUAAGUUAUGCCUAACUCAAGAAUGACAAACAGGGGGUUUUCAGACGAUGAAAGGAGAAACAGGUCCCAGUUUAUAUGGCCCCUUUGAUGCCACAAAACCACAGUAUUAAGCGCAAGAAUAGGACGAGGAUCGCAUUUUUUUUUGGGAUGGGCUAAGGAAGGUGACAUAUUGCAACACGAUUAUUGGGAUGGUGGUCGCUCAAUUUGAACCUCGAGAUUCGUUACGAGUUGGUUUCAAUUCUUGUAGAAUGUUAAAUGAGACUUUGGUUUAUUUUCAGAAGCGUGAAAAGUGAGAUGAGUUGAGAAAGAUUUUCUUGUUCCACAAGUAGAGUAAAGAAGGACAACAGCAAGGUCUUGAAUAACUAGGUGAGAGAAUACAAAGAGUAGUUUUCUCACUUUGUGGCCAA